CCCCCCCGUCCGUCUCUCCCCCACCCCUGGAGUUCCAGAAUUUUGACCCAGUGACGCUGAAGGAACAGCCAAUAUAUUUCCAAGUCAAGAAGUUGAAGGGCUCUGAGGGUAACUUGUAGUGGGUGGUGUUUCCCUGUAGCUGUUGCCUUUGUCCUUCUAGGUGAUAGAGGCGUGAGUUUGAAAUGACCGAAAUAUUUCCAAGUUGGGCAGCUUGGAGUGGAUCUUGCAGGGGAUGCUGUUCCCAUGAAUUCUGUAGUCAUGGCCGAGUGGUUCAGAUGAUGGACUUGUAACUCGAUUGGUGCUCUCAUGCAGAUGCGCUUCAUGCUGUUGUUCAGCCGACAGGGCAAGCUGAGGCUGCAGAAAUGGUACACCGCUGUCUCGGAAAAGGAGAAGAAGAAACUGGGCCGGGAACUGAUGCAGAUUGUCCUCGGGCGCAAGCCCAAGAUGUGCAGCUUCCUGGAGUGGAAGGACCUGAAGAUCGUUUACAAGAGGUAUGCCAGCCUUUACUUCUGCUGUGCGAUUGAGGACCAGGACAACGAACUGCUGACACUGGAGCUGAUCCACCGUUAUGUCGAGUUACUGGACAAAUACUUUGGGAGCGUCUGUGAGUUGGAUAUCAUCUUCAACUUCGAGAAGGCCUAUUUCAUCCUGGACGAAUUUCUUAUGGGAGGUGAAAUUCAGGACACAUCGAAAAAGAACGUGCUGAAGGCCAUCGAGCAGGCAGACCUCAUGCAGGAGGACGAUGAGUCUCCACGCAGCGUCCUUGAGGAAAUGGGGCUGGCUUAGCUCUACACACCUGACAUAUGGCUACAUCGAAACGGUGGGGGUUGGGGGGGGGUGCGGGGUUUCUCAGUUGAUUGGGAGAGGGUGGGGUGGGAAGGGGGUGGUGAUUGGGACCAAAAAUUUUCAACCACAAAAAAAAUCUACCUGUGCUGUAUUGAUCCUGUGGAGUCCCUGUCUGAAGAUAAGAAUUGACCUUCUUCACGUCCAACUCAUGGGUUUGGGGAACGGAGCAGUACGCGUUUCCACUCUCGAGCAAUGCUGAACUGAGCAGGAUCAAACUGGGCAAUAAUGGGGAGAAGGGGAGAGAAUCAUGGCUGGAAUCUUUGGUGGGAGGUGGACCAAUUGUAAGGGGCUAGAGUCUUCAUUUCUCAACCAACAGGCAUGACUGACUCCCUUUUGCCCAGUGAUCUUUCUGUGUGAAUGGAAUGACUUAAGCAGGAGAUGCUUCUCCUCCUCCUCCUGUUCCUUUGUGCAUCUUUUGCAGUCAGAGGGGACUGUGAGAGUCUCACUGGGUGCAAUGAGUUGACAGCCUUUGUGCCCAUCAACUUGGGUGCAUCAUUUCCAUUGGACAUUUCCCAUCCUUUGUGCACCAGGAAUGAGAGAUACCUGUCCACUCCAUCUAAGAAGACCACCUAUGGGCCCACCAUCAUCGGGCAAAGUGGUGACACCUUCUGCAGCCAGUGCCACCUGCUGAGGGGAGUCUGCAACUGCAUUGAUGGCCAAGAGAACAUAUGACACAAAUGGUAAUAGAUAGGAGAUCUUUGGUGGGAUGUUGCGUCUUGAUGUGGAAGGAAGCUGUAGUGCAAUGAACUGUCAUUCAAGAGUUGUGAAUGGGCCGCAAUGCUGGCAUCCAAUUGGUCUUCACCAUAGAAUUAUUUCCACCCCAUCCUCUGACCCUCACUGAUUAUUGAGUUGCUUGCAAUCACGAUUUUACACCUGUACUCUCUAAGGGGGGUUCAGUCUCGCUGCCUUGAAAAGAUGAGGGUGACUCUAGCCCAUCCAUUUGAACAUACGUGCAUUCUAACAGGCAACACAGGGUUUUACCAUCAACUAGGAUUUCAAUGGAGCUGAUGGUUUCAAUGUUGCUUUAUGCCCACCAGCUGGCCACUAGGGGGCGAUGGAUUUGGAUUAAUUGGCGAUGUUUUGCUUUUGCCACAUAGUGAUGGUGUUUCCCAUGGCGACAUGUGGGUUGGCCACUGUUUUUGCAUGCAACUGUUCGGUUGGGGCAGUGUGUGGGGGUGGUUAUCAGGCUUGGAGAGGGGUGGAAUAGGUCAGUCGAUGUCCUUUCGCAUGGUCCCCCCACCUUGCAGUCCUGGAGCCGCGUGAAGGUGCCUAUUUGUCUGUUACCCAGGUGAGUCUGUGCCUGCUCACUCAGCGUGAUCUGGUUUCCAACUUGUCCAUCCCGUGGGUAAUGUCUGCCCCCUGCUGUGAGAAAUUCCAUCUCCACAAUACAUUCGUUAGAGCUCAGUGCAGGUCCCCCUGGGCCUUGAACGCAGUCCACCCAAGACCCUGAAUUUUUAACUUAAGUAUAUUCAUUCUCGGGAUGUUGGCCAGCACUCAAUGCCCGAACCCCCUUGCUUUGGGUGUGAAGGCUAGACCAGGUAAGGAUGGCAGAUUUCACACCCUGAAGGACAUUAGUGAACCAGAUGGGCUCUUCUGGCAAUGCUCAUCUUAAUUCCAGACUUUAAUUGGAUUCAAAUCCCAGCAUCUGCCAUUUGACCAUCACUUGGGUUUGUGGUUUUACUGGUCCUUGUGAUAAAGUACCACUCAGCAUCGCCUCCUUGUGGUGAUAUCAUAAACAGUGAUCUUGGGGCUUAAGCUAAUGUGAAAUUGACUGCAGAUGUAGGGAAACAGUUGUAACCCCAACUAGUGAAAUAUUACUCAGAGUCAAAUGUCACCUAUCAAAAUGGUGACUUCCAGCUCUCCAGAUUUUGCACCAAGCAACUAGAUCUUAUUUGUUUCUUUCUCUUGUAAAGGUUGGUUAUUUCUCCUGUUUCUGAGAUGCUGGUAUUGUUCAAUCUUAUCCAUUUUGGAAGGGAGAGGAUUUUAACAAAACCAGAAAUACCACUUUAGGCCAAAUGUUAGGAAAGAAUGGAUGUCUUAUGACAAGAUUUCCCAAGGUAUUUUCCAACUUUUUUUGAUUUUUUUUUUGCUGGGAAAUUUCAGGUGACUUCAAACCCUUGGGUGGCACGGUGGCUCAGUGGUUAGCACUGUUGUCUCACAGCGUAAGGCCCCAUGUCUGAUUCCACCCUCAGGCAACUGUCUGUGUGGAGUUUGCACACUCUCCCCGUGUCUGCGUGGGUUUCCUCUGGGUGCUCAGGUUUCCUCCCACGGCCCAAAGGUGCGCAGGCUAGGUGGGUUAGACAUGGUAAAAUGUCUGUAGUGUUCAGGGAUGUGCAGGCUGGGUGGAUUAGCCAUGAGAAAUGCAGAGAUAGGGUAAUCGGGUGGGUCUCGGUGGGAUGCUUUUCAAAGAGUCGUCAAUGGGCUGAAUGGCCUGCUUCCACACUGUAGGGGAUUCUGUGAUUCUAGCAAAAACAUACCAGCAGCAUUCAGCAUAUAAUUAUUAAAGUUUGCUUUCAAAAGACCGUUAUAUAAUUUAUUGUAUAAGAUUAAAAGUCUUGGGCACUCAGUACCAGGGCUGCCACGGAUCACAAAAACCCGGUCUACCUCUGUCAAACAAAUGCCAGGACACAUUUGUAGAUGGAUUAUUACCUUGCAGCCUGGUCACUGCAACCCACCCAUGUGUUCAGCAUACGGAGCUCAUCUUCUGAUGGGAGACCAUUACAAGGGAGGUUAAUGCCAUUUUGUUUCUGUGACCCCCAUUUGGGGACCCAUACCUCUAUGCUGCUGUCUUAUCACUUUUUUUUCCCUUGUGUAUGUGUCUGUAGUUUCAUUCUUUAGUAGGUGCUGGUGGCAAGACCAACAUUUGAUGUCUAUCCCUAAUUGCCCGUUGAACUGAGGGAAGUUAAAAGUCAAUCCCAUUAGCUGGGGGCCUGGUUGUCACAUGUAGGCCAGAUAAGGUUAAGAUAAGGGCAGUCAGUUUUGUUCCCUGUUCCAUUUGAAUUCCAGAUUUUUGUUUAAGUUAGCAACUUAGAAUUCUGCUAGUUGCAAUGCUAGGAUUUGAACAGGUCUCCCAUGUGAGGUUAUCCACGGAUUGCUGGUAUUCUCAACACACACAGUCUCCCCACAGUUAUCCUGGCUGUCCAUAGCCUCGAUGGGCAUGUGGCAAUGGAUUCUGGGCCCUGCAGUUUAGGAACGGGUUUUAAUGACUGUUGGGGAGGGAUAGAGUCACACGUCACGGACCCUUUGAUCCAACUCGUCUACGCUGACCAGGUUUCCUAAACUAAUCCCGUUUUCCUGCAUUUGGCCCACAUCCCUCAAAACCUUUCCUAUCCAUGUACCCUUACACAUGUCUUUUAAAUGUUGUCAUUGUUCUUGCCUCAGGUUGAUACCUUUGUUACGCGAGUGUAAAGGGCACUAAUGAGAGAUGUCGCUAAGUCUUUAUUAAUUAGAGUCCCCAGCUGGAAUUUUGCAUCCAAAUUUGGCCACAGCACUUUUGGAACAGUUUCAAAGCCUUGGAGUGGGUACCAAGGGCAUUUAGCAAAAGGCCUCUAGGCUGGAUAAUUCUACAAAUGAUACACAUCGAGAAAGCAGGGCAGGCCACAGGCAGCUGACAAUUUGUGUGUGUGUGUGUGUGUUUAACUAUUGCUCUCUAUCACAGCCAGAAUGAUGUGGGACUUCAUCUGAAUUCACACCCUGUCCCUGUCUGAACAGAAUUUUGAAUGUUUAUUUUUGUGAGUGAAAAGAUCAUGUAAAUCUGUGAAAUUUGUGUUUCUAUUUAUUGAACAUUAAACAGCUGCACUACACAUA